GAUGGGAACUAAGCUGUUGGCUGCCAAGUUUCCAUCUGACAGCUGAUACCUUUGUUGUCUAUCGGCCGGACGCGAUUUUCCGAGUUUCAGUUGACCAUCUACCUGUCAAAGUGGGAAAAAGCGUCUCUCACACACGUUAAAAUGUGAUGUCCGUGUCAAUAUCCUCAAUAUUUUUUUUUAUUUUUGUACUUCUGCCUGUCUUUUCGGAGAAGAAAGUCUGAAAGAUCUAAGAUAUAAAAUAUUGGAUAACAAUCCGCCUGUUAUUUUAUAUAAAUAUAGUAAAUUUAAAAAGGAAAAAAAACAUGUUCGGUACACUUGUAUUUUUUGCAUUAGUAGCCCUGUCAUUCGCUUCAGGCGUCUUUAUAACUCUAUUAAUCCAAUGGUACUUUUUUAACGUUUAUAUUAAUAAAAAACCCUUCGUCGGCCCUGCCACUUCGCCCAGCAUUUCGCCCUUCGAAUUGCCAAAGAUAUUACAUAAUAAGGGCAAUCUUGGCAAAGAAGCCGCAGGUGCUGUUAACAGCCUGCUACAGUUCUUAUUUCAGGAGUGUAGGAACACGAAGAGAGUUCGAAAAUGGUUCAGGAGACGGCUGAGCCUUGAACUCGAGGUCCUAUUGACUCGAACGACAACCGGGAAACUAUUUGAAAACAUUGUCCUACGUGAUCUCGAUCUUGGCUGUCAUCUUCCUGCUAUUCGGAGCAUCGAGGUGAAAAAUCUUUCAAUUGACUCCGGAACAAAGCUAAUUGAAGAGGUGGAGCUUUGCCUGGAUUUGGAAUAUCUGGGAGGAUUUCAGUUGUCGAUCGAUGCCAGCAUGAGACUUUCCAAACUCGCCCAUGUUUCAGUUAAAGUAAAUGAGCUGAGUGGACUUGCCCAACUGAAAUUCACGAGGCACCCUUACACCCAUUGGAGUUUCUCGUUUUAUAACGACCCCAUCCUCCAACUAGCUGUUGAAUCUCAGUUUCAGGGACGUUCCCUGCCACAAAUAAAUUCCAUAAUUGCCAGCCAGAUCAGAAAAGCUUUAAAAAGAGUCCACACACUGCCAAAUUUCAAUAUCCGUUACAAACCAUUUUUUGUGAAAACGGAAUUAGAACUGCUGGAAGAGAACGAUGUGUUAGAACCACCACUUGGUACAAUGGAGUUGACUAUCUUGGAAAUAACUAGAUUAACCGAAGUUGAAGGGCCGAUUUAUUGCAAUGUGGCAAUAGAUAAUAUAGCUUGGAUAGAAAUGACACAGACAGGUACAGCCAGCUAUCUGACAGUUGACGCUUCUGUAACUAAACAGUCAGGACAGUUAGGAGUUAAUUUUAAGCAGGAAUUUGUUUCUGACAAAUAUCAGGUCUGCAUCAUUGUAGAAAGUAUAAGCAAUCCACUAAUUACAGACUUGAAGUCUGGUGAUGUCUUAAUGCUCGUCGAUGGAAAGAGUGUUCAGACAUUAUCUGCACUCAAUAAAAUAAUAAAGCAAGCACCAAGUAAAUUAUUAUUUAGAGUUGAAAGGAAGAUAAGGAAUUUAGUUAGCCCAGAUCUAAAAAUCAAUGAAGGAUUAGAUUGCUCGUACGGCUUACGUAAUCGAGUAGGAUCUGGUGACAAAACAGAUAGCGAUAGCAGCAACCCACCGUCUUCUUCAGAUUCACCGGCUAAAAGGUCAUCCUGUGGAAGCCCUGAACACAACAAAAGCCUUCCUCAUUUGUCAGUAUGCUCGGAACCAGACGUGGAGUUUAAUCAUUUACAAUUCUUCACUACUAAAGACGCUGCAUUUUCAAAGGUGAUCACAUUCAAUGAGACAUUCAAAUUCAAUGUUUCACCUGAACAUCGUUACUUGAACGUCAGUGUGUGGACGAGGGGAGUGGAUAAAAAUACUUUACUCGGUCAUAUCAGUCUUCCUGUAGCAAAUUGUUGUCCUUCUACAGUGGGUCAUUAUAUUUCAACAUAUUCUUUCCUACCUCCAAACCCAAAUCUCGGAUAUAAUUCCCCACUUUCGACUCAUCCAGGAUUUGAACCUUGUCUUUGUUAUGGUGAUGUACUUCUUUCAUUUUCAUUUGCAAGCAGUGUGAACCAAUCACUGCCUAUCAUAUCAAACGUGAACAAAACGCCGCCACCCGUUACGAUUACGACACCUAUUAAUGAAGAGACGGCACAGGUGAUUCAGCACAAUUUUAAAAGAACUCACUUUGAGAAAGUGACCCCAUGUGGAUUUUGCUUUAAAAAGAUAUGGCUCAAAGAUGCCCUCCAGUGUCAAGAGUGUCUGAUGAGUUGCCACAAAAAAUGCGCGGUUAAAGCGCAAGCUGGCCCAAGUUGUGCAAGAAGCAUCGUCAGGAGAACAUCAAUUCAACCUGAAAUAAUAAUGACCUCGCCUGAAGAAAAUAUUACCCAGGGUGGUAGAACUUUAAGCACUCUGAUAGCAAAUGUAGCAACACGAGGUUUGAAGAGGGCUGGCUCCGCAACUAGCCUGGCACCCCCGGGGAUGGAGGGCUCCAUGGCUGGAUCGAUUUCCCUUCCACCCUCGCCCAACCACUCUCCCUCCCCCUCUAGGAAGACUUCACUAGUGGAAGAAGGUUUGUUUUCAAUAUCAGCCGCGAAUGGGGCCGAGAUAGACCAGGCUUUAGAGUAUUUACUUUCCCUGCCUAACGAUGAGAAUAUAAUGUCGAUGGCGAAAGAAUCUGGUAAAACGUUGUACUCGCAUUUGCCACCAGAUAUGAGGAAGUCCCGAAUCGACGAUAUGAUAAGUAAACUUAAAGAAGCUAUUGAUUCAGAAAGCCUCAAGCGGCAGGCUUUACAGCGAGAGGAAGUGUCGGCCGAAGACGCCGCCACAAAAGCGAAAGUGGCUUUCCUUGUUGGAAAAAGUGAAGAACGACUUCACGCCCUUGCCGUUCUCAUGCUCCAUUGCUGUGCCGGCCUCCAGGACCACCAGGAUGCCUUGAAUUAAAAACUGUGAAAACUAAAACAUUCCUUCGAGUAUUUAAGACAACUGUGGGUUGGUGAAAUAAACUAUCGUAAAAAUAAACAAACCAU